AUGAAUAGCUAGAUUUUGAUUAUUGAAUCAGCAUUAUUAUUUGUGUCUGUGAUUGCUUUGUUUAUUUUUAAAGAGUGGGAAUGUAAUCAAAAGAUAAUUAAGUUACUACUUUCUAUAUCAAACAUAAGUAUAUUUUUAUUGGAAAUAAAGCAUAUAAGUGAAUCAAAUUGUAAUUAUACAUUAUUGAAAAUUAGAUGUUUUAAUAGCUAUUUCAGGUUUUAUUAUGAUAUUAUUUUCUUAUAAGGAGUUAAAGAAGGAGAAGAAUGAAAUACCUUAGAUAUAGAUUAUAAAUACCUAGCUAUCAGAGAGAAAUAAUAAAGUGGAUUAAGAAAUAGAAUUACCUAACCAACUGCCAGUGAUUCCUUCAAUUCAUGAGAGUAAUUCUAGUAUAAAGGAUGAUAAUAAUAAAAUUUAAAGUAAUUUUUAAGGGGAAAAAGCUGAAUAAUAAAAUAUAAGAUAGGAUUAAGGAAUGAAUUAUUUGGGUGAUAAUAAAAGGCCUUCAUUUUAAUUGAAAAAUAAUGUUCCUGGAGUUUUAAUAACUCGUUAAUAAAGUGUUGCUUAAAUUUAGCGUAAGAAAUUUAGAUAUAUAUAUAUAGCUAAUUUGAAUGUAAUUAAAUUUUAAGAUGACUUUGGUGAAAUCAAAUUUGGAAUACUUAAAACCCUUAAGUCAGUUGCAUAUGAUUAAUUAGGAAGGGAAGUGGAAUGUAUAUUUCAAAGUGAUAGGCCGCUUACAAAAUUACUGUCUACAGUUGAAUAAACUAAUUAGCCUAGAAUGUAGAUCUUAUAUGAAAGUAAAGUAUAGCAGAAUUAAUAUGUGGAUGAUACAUUAAGAGGAGCAAUUCAAUUAGAUGAUUUAGAAUAUGAUGAGAAGAAAAAAGAGAAGAAAAUUACAUGGUAAAAAAUAAUAAAAGCAUUAAUUUUAAUAAUUAUUUUAAAUCUAAAUUUUAUAAUAUUUGAUAAUUGGAAGUUGCUUUAAUUAAUCUUAAUUUAUUUUAUUAUGUAGAGACAAAUAUUGCAAUAUAAAAAAUUGAUAGCAAAUUAAUUAGAAUUGAAAUGUGAGAUAAGAGAUAUACUCAUAUGGUUGGCAUUAAUAGGUCUUCCAAUGAUGAUUGUUUUAGUUACAAAUCUUAUAGAUAAGACAAUAGGGAGAUAGAUUUUAUAAAUAGCUAGUUGGGUUAGUUUAGUUAUAACUUCUAAGUACAAUAAACAUUGUUAAGAGUAUUUAAUUUAUUUACAAUUAGUUAUUUCUAUGGUUGUUUAUGCUACAUUCUUGUAUUGACCAUAGUACUAUGUUUCAUUUGA